CAACGUUCCUCGAAGUUGACGACGAAGAGCCGCGACCCCGCCUAACCUAACCUAACCUAAACUAAACCGUCUGUGGGUUUACGCACAGAACGUAUAUUAUGGGUUAACGUAUAUGUGGGCUCGUGUAAAACCAGUAUAAAUUACGUUCGUCAUUAAAGUGUAGUUGAAAUUUAUUGUGUACAUCUCUUAGUGAUAUUUUUCGAUCACAAUGAAUCCUUUGACCAAUGUAAAAAAUAUCAAAAAACUGAAUGAACAAGAAUUACAUAGUAAAAAUAAAACGUCUUGGCACGACCAGUACAAAGACAGCGCUUGGAUAUUUAUCGGAGGCCUACCAUACAAUUUAACAGAGGGUGACGUCGUCGCUAUUUUCUCUCAAUAUGGAGAAAUAGUUAAUAUAAACUUGAUCAGAGAUAAAGAUACUGGAAAGCAGAAGGGCUACGGUUUCUUAUGUUAUGAAGAUCAGAGGAGUACUAUAUUAGCAGUCGACAAUUUCAAUGGCAUAAAGUUACUAGGUAGAGUAAUACGAGUGGACCACGUUACCAAUUACAAAGCACCAAAAAAUUCGAAAAAUAUAGACGAGGAAACGAGGAAUUUACGAAAAGAAGGUUGUGCCCCCAAAAAAAGCUGAAGAUGUAAUAACAAUAAUUUUAAGCAUUGUUUUAAUAAUUGUAUUAUUACGAAUAGAUUUACAUUUAGACUUAAUGGAAUAUAUUAUCGAGUUAUUUAUA